CGUAACAUUCCGUUAGUUUGUCUAGAAAAACGCGCUUGUUUACUAUCGAAUCAAAUAAAAGUUUUAUUAUUUAGUUUAAUAUUUCCUUAAAAAAUCAGUUUUAUCGUGCGAAAUAUGCGGCCAUUACAUAAACCCGGUCCUAAAUCAAAAACGCGUGGAGCUUCGCUUCAGGAUAAUCUUCUUGGCGAGACUGAUACAAGUUCCUCGAGUGAAAUUACGAAUUUUCAUUCAUCGCCGAGACAAACGGCAACCGCUAAAUCUCAGAAUGAUGGAAGAACUUCUACGGUACGAAAAUCUAGAGCACAAAAAAAAUCAUUACAACCUGUUCCAGCUCCAAUUACGUCGAGGCAAUCAAGGGGCAGCAGUCGUCGCAAACAAAGAUUGCCCACCCGCAAAGAAUUAAAACUCCUGCUGAGAACAGAUUUUAUGAUACCACGACUAAGUUUUUCUCGAGUCGUACGCGAAAUUAUGAUGCAGAUCUCAAGCGAUGUGAGUUGUAUAACGGCUUUAGCCCUGGAGGCUCUACAGACAGCAGCAGAAAAGUAUAUGGAAAAUCGUUUUGAAGAUGCAUAUUUAUUGGCGUUGCAUGCGGGGCGAGUUACACUGUUUGUUCGGGAUUUGGAAUUAAUCAAUUAUUUGAUGGGUAAAUGUAAUUCGUAAAUUGAAAUUAAUAUUAAGAAACUAGCUUAAUAUUUGUUUACAAAGUGUCUUAUGUCAAUAUAUUUAAGAACUAUAGGGGUAUUUGUAGAAAUGUGAAGAUGUCGAGAGAUUAAAAAAUACCUCGAAAUUAAUUUUAUUCGAGAUUGUUGUUUUCCUUACUUUUUAAAAACCGAUCUGCGAUUUCAAAACGAAACGAUUUCUAGGCGACAAAUGUAUCUGCAUUUGCCUCAGUACAAAUAAACUUGGAAGCAAUCCUUUCAAUAAUUUUUAUAAAUAUUAUGAAAAUUGAGUUUGUUUUCCUCGAGAAGGUGGAAAAACUGUCGAAGGUGACAGUGGAGUGGGUUACAGAUGAAUUCCGUAUACUAAAAUAAUAUUUUUUUUUGUUUAUUGUAAGUCUAAAAGAAGACUAUUGCACUAACGAUUGUAUCAUAAAAACACUAUGUUACACAUUUAAUAAAACAUAUUUUUAUUUCAAA